CCCGGAAAGGAAGAAUUUCUUCAGAAUAUGAGGCAGACUUCGAUUCUAUAUUCCCUUUUAGAGGGAUAACACAUUUAUUAAAAAUUCGGUUCGUCAAGUAAACAACACAAUUGAAAAAAACAAUUUUUUUAACGUGUAUUCGCUGCGAAGUCAGAGUGGUUGGAAGAGGAGGGCGGGCUUCAAUCCGCAACUGGAAACCCACUCCUCCUCCCCCUCCUCUUCCUCUUCCCCAUUUCUGGUGGAUGCUAGCUCGCUGGUCGCCGUUGUAUGUCGUAUUGCACUCCCAGUCAAAAGUUGUUUCGUCCGGUUUUACCCCAAAAAUAUUCUUUUCGGGGGAUAUCCGACUGCAGCACAAUUUAAAAAAAGAAAGAAGAAAGAAAGAUGGGAUGUACUCUGAGCACGGACGACAAGGCGGCGCAGGAGCGGAGCAAGAUGAUCGACAGGAACCUCCGGGACGACGGAGAGAAAGCUGCCCGGGAGGUGAAGCUGUUGCUGCUCGGUGCUGGCGAGUCUGGGAAGAGUACAAUUGUUAAACAGAUGAAGAUCAUCCACGAAGCAGGCUACUCAGAGGAGGAAUGUAAGCAGUACAAGGCGGUCGUCUACAGCAACACCAUCCAGUCCAUCAUUGCCAUCAUCAGAGCCAUGGGGCGCCUCAAGAUCGACUUUGCCGACACAGCCAGAGCGGAUGACGCGCGGCAGCUGUUCGUGUUGGCCGGCUCGGCCGAGGAGGGCUUCAUGACCGGCGAGCUGGCCGGGGUCAUCCAGCGGCUGUGGAAGGACGGAGGAGUGCAGGCGUGCUUCAGCCGCUCCCGAGAGUACCAGCUCAACGACUCGGCGGCGUACUAUCUGAAUGACCUGGACAGGAUAUCACAUGGGGCUUACGUGCCCACCCAGCAGGAUGUGCUGAGGACCCGAGUGAAGACCACCGGCAUCGUGGAGACCCACUUCACCUUCAAGGAUCUGCAUUUCAAAAUGUUCGAUGUCGGCGGCCAGAGGUCGGAGAGGAAGAAGUGGAUCCACUGCUUCGAGGGCGUCACCGCCAUCAUCUUCUGUGUGGCUCUCAGCGACUACGACCUCGUGCUGGCCGAGGACGAGGAGAUGAACCGAAUGCAUGAGAGCAUGAAGCUUUUUGACUCCAUCUGCAACAACAAGUGGUUCACGGACACCUCCAUCAUUCUCUUCCUCAACAAGAAGGACCUGUUUGAGGAGAAGAUCAAAAAGAGCCCCCUCACAAUCUGCUACCCAGAAUACACAGGCUCCAACACCUACGAGGAAGCGGCGGCCUACAUCCAGUGUCAGUUUGAGGACCUGAACAAGAGGAAGGACACCAAGGAGAUCUACACCCACUUCACCUGCGCCACCGACACCAAGAAUGUGCAGUUUGUGUUUGACGCCGUCACCGACGUCAUCAUCAAAAACAACCUGAAGGACUGUGGCCUUUUCUGAAGGUGAAUGUGUGGUUCUUGUUCUGCAUCACGAAGGAGGAGUAUUAGAGCCACACUGAAAAAAGUCACCGCACUGCGAGAUUCAAGUUUGUCAUCUUAAAGUUGUAUUCUUGCGCGAAUAAAAGGCCAUAUAUUUUCCAGAUUCAAAGUUGGAUAUUUUCAUUUAAAAAAAAAAAAAAAAAAAAAGGAUUUUGUCAAGUAUAUUUUCAAGAAUAAAGUCAUAUUUUAGAGAAAAUAAAAUGACAUCUCAAAAACAGGAGUUUUUAUCUCAGUACACGGUUCUUUUUCUUUGUUCUCAUUAUAUUAUUACUCUAACCUGGAAAACAUCGAACUUUUUCUCAAAAGUGUAUACCUAUCUUCAUAAGAAUCUUUAAUCUUGAAAAUACAACGUUAUUCUUGUAAUAUUUCCAUUUUAAUCUGAAAUCUAAAAAUAUAUAUAUAUAUUUUUUUUUUAAUUCAGACAUACAACUUUUUCCCUCCUAAAAAUGUAGUUUGUCCUUGUAAUAUGAUAUUAAAUUCCGAAUGUACGGCUUUAUGCUCAUAAGAUUCUGACUUUAAUCUUGAAAAUAUUCCUCUUUUUAUCUCGAAAGUAUAACUUUUUCUCAAAUAUUGGACUUUGUUGCAGUAAUAUUACAACUUUGAUAUAAAAAACACAAAUAUUUAAAAAAAAUAAAAAUAAAAUUGACUUUAAUUCACAAUACCUGUCUACGUAUAUUCUCUAAAGAUUACGACUUUCAACUUUGACACCCUCCAAUUAUGCGACAGUUUCUCAUUAUAUCCCAACUUUAAUCUAAAAAAAAUAUACGGACUGUACUUUUUUCAGUGUGUCCCUAGUACUCGUUUGGUACUGUCUAACUAACCGCGUGGUCAUGUUGUUACUGUGUUACUGUGUUCAGUACUGUUACUCAACGAGCGUCUGGCCUUCACAGACCCCCGCUGACAAAUGUCACUUUUAUCGUCUUAUUAACUUAUGUUCAUCUCUCAAAAGGUUUUAACGGCGGCGUGUAGACGAGAAACAUUUUGUGUAAAAUAUUUGUACAACUGUCUAUGGCAGGUUUUUUCCCCCCCACCUUUUUAAAAAUGUGCUCCUUUGACCUAUCAUGUUUUAUUUUUACUAUAUGAUCUUCUUUCCCCCCCCUCAUCUCUGAAUGAACACUUUGUUUACUUUCA